ACAGAGGAGAGUGGUUUCCCACAGCAGCGCGAGCCUUCAACUUUCUGCCAAAGUUGUGAGGAGAGUCACAGGAGCCGGAGCGGAGCUGCUGCAGCCUUCAGGCGGAGACUCCUGGAUGCUAAACCCACCGGACAACAACCAGUCGGUAAAUGAAGUGGUGAUGGCAGUUAGAGAAACUGGGUGAAGAAAUGUGGAGCACACAAGGAUGAGACUGGUCGGACGUGUUUUUCCAGGGUCUGAAACAGGACGACUAUGCUGCAGAUCCAGAGGCGGGCUGAGACGGCGUCGGGCCUCACAGGGACACGCGUGGCCCUGUAAGCUGUGACCGCACUAUCAAGGAAAUUCCUGGGCUCUCCAGGGUCACCUCGUUGCAGCAAAAAAAAGGACAACACAAGGAGACAUGAUGGCCACUGAAGAACAUCAGCCACAAGCUGGACAUGAAAUUCUUUCGAAGCACUCCUCAUCUCCUUCCAUGGGGAGCAGACCUCUCAGAGACAAGGCGCACACAAGUCCUGGACAGGAAGUAUGGCGAGGCUGUGACCAGCUGUGGCUCUCAAAACAGCGCAGCAGCCCCGCCCUCCUUUUCUACAGGAAGUUGUCAUGUGAAAGUGUGAACGGGGUCAAUUCUGCUGAGGAGUACGAGGAAGUGUUGAGUACCAAAGACAAACUUCUGGCAGAACUGUCAGCUGACAUGAACUAUGAAGGGAUUAAGAACAUUUUGGGGGAUUCAGACACUGACAGAACCAACUGUGUCUCGUCUGACCAUUCCACAAGUCUGAACACUAACUCUGACUCUAGAUCUAGUCCAAGCUCCUGCACUUCUUGCCUCACUAAAAGGCACAUCCGGCGUGGUAGCCUUCCUGUUUCUAUGCUAGCUUUCUGCAAGACAUCUCACCGCUCCUUUCCUGGAAGCCCUUCAAGUGAGCCAAGUUCGUUGGCGUCGUCUCCAUGUGGCUCCCCCUGUCUUAAACACCGGCAGCAUCUCCAUCAAGGAAACCUGCCCCCACACCGCCUCAAAGAUGGAUUCUCCAGUUUGGAGAGGCUCAACAGGAGACCCCGGGGUCAGAAAUGCCCGUUGGAGAAACUGUUCCUUCCACGGUCCUCUGCAGACGCCAUGACCCUGGACUCAUCCUUCCCAGGAACCGGCAGGGACAGCAGCAGUGAAGAGGAAGAUGAGGAGGCGCUCUCAGAUGAAGCUGAGCUUAUAAGGAACCGUAAGGACCGUUCUACCGUCCUGGUGAGGCGGUACUUCAAGAAUAAUCAAAAGGUGACCAAAUCAGUGUGUGCUGGAACCAUAGCGAUCGUCAGAACUCUGCCCUCAGGGCACAUUUCCGAAGAUGUCUGGGGGAUUGUUGUUGAUCACAGAUCCUGGCAUCCCAGCAAAAAGGACGUGUGGUGGAUCUUACAGCGUGGAGAAGAAUUCCGAGGAUGUAGAGGGAUAUUAGGCUUCAAUUCAGCAAAACUACAGCAGGUAAACAAUUAUGUGAAGAGCAGAGAGGAAUGCAGCCUCAUCCAUCCUGCCAAUAAACUCCUGCUGUCCUGGCCUGGAUGUGUUCACCGCAGGGAUCCUCCCGGACCACUGAAUGUUGACAACAACAGCUCAUCGCAGCCUGAUCUCCACUAUCGCUGUGAUCUGCCAAGGUGUUACCGUGCUUGUGGUUGGAGGACGUCCCUGUGUUCCCUGCUGGCAGGAGCCAUCCUAGAGGCCACCGUGGCUCUCGGAGCUCGCUCCUCUCUGCUUUGUCCUCCCCCACAGUGCCCCAACAGCCACAUUGUGCUGAAAGAGCGUCAGCUUGCCAACAGCAUGACCAGCAGUAUCUCUCUUCCUCAAAAUGUCAGUGGGAUCAGUAAGGAGCUAGCAGAGCUGCGACACCUCAUCCAGUUCCCCGAGGAGAUCGCCUGCAUCCUCACUGAGCAGGAGCAGCAGCUUUACCAGCAGGUGUUGCCCCUGGACUACCUCUGUUUCCUCACACAAGAUCUGGGCAGUCCUGAAUGUCAAAUUAAACGCCACCCGAACCUGAAAGCGUCUCUGUCAGCACCUAACAUGCCAACUCGGAGUCCUCGCAGGAGUAACGCCGUGGAGGACCUGGUGGCUCGCUUCAAUGAGGUGAGUUCUUGGGUGACAUGGCUGGUCCUGACGGCGGGCACCAUGGAGGAGAAGAGGGAAGUUUUUUCAUACCUGGUCCAUGUGGCUAAGUGCUGUUGGAACAUGGGAAACUACAACGGCGUCAUGGAGUUCCUGGCUGGACUCAGGUCCCGCAAGGUUCUGAAAAUGUGGCAGUUCAUGGACCAGUCAGACAUCGAAACCAUAAGAAGUUUAAAAGACGCCAUGGCUCAGCACGAGUCAUCAUCGGAGUACAAGAAAGUUAUGACCAGAGCGCUCAAUAUCCCAGGAUGCAAGGUGGUGCCUUUCUGUGGCGUCUUUCUCAAAGAGCUAAGCGACGCGUUGGACGGCACAGCAAGCAUCAUCAGCCUCAAACAAUCUCCAGAUAAAACUGAUGACUCAGUAGAGUUUAUGUCAGACUACAGCGGUCAGCACCAUUUCUUGACUCGGUCGGGUCCAGACGGGCUUCAUGUGCCGGACAAAGAGGCGACUGUUAGCAAUAUCCUGCAGAUUAUCAGGUCCUGCAAUCGCAGCUUGGAGGCAGAAGAUCCCGACGACACAUCCAGCAGUCCUUCUCCUUCUGGAUCGACCCUCGCGUUCAGAAGCAACUCCUUGAAGGACCGCUAUCGCAAUCAAUUCACAGUUGGGGACCUGUCGGACUCGGAUGGCGACCUGUCAGUGGAACCAGUGGUGAAGGAGGUGGAGUUUCAGGGGACGGAGGAGACCCACAAGGCUUUCAGCCACGGCACAGAGCUCAUCCCCUGGUAUGUUUUGUCCUUACAACCAGAUGUUCACCAGUUCCUGCUGCAGGGAGCUACAGUCAUCCAUUAUGACCAGGACAGCCACGGCACGGCCCGCUGUCUGCUGCGACUGCAGCCGGAUAAUACCACACUCACCUGGGGGAAGCCUCACAGCGGAGGCGCCUCCGUGACGGAGCAGCCGCUGGGGUUAGGGCAGACUGUGGCGGCGGGGUUAGCAGAAGGGCUUUUGGACCUCGGCGUUGUGAAGGCGGUCUUUUUGGGUCAUCAGGGAGUCGAUGUCCAGACUGUGUGUUUGCAAAACAAGCUGAGCCAAAUGACAGUGGAGGAGAACGGCCUUACCCUUCUCUACGGUCUCAGUACUACUGACAAUAGACUUCUGCACUUUGUGGCCCCCAACCACACGGCGCGGACGCUCCACAGAGGCCUGUCCGAGCUGGUGAACGCAAGCAGGAGGAUGAAAAAGUUUCCCGACCAGCGAUUACAGUGGCUGAGGAGGCAGUAUGUCAGUUUGUAUCAGGAGGACGGCAGGUACGAAGGCCCGACGUUGGCUCAGGCCAUCGAGCUCUUCGGCGGCCGGAGGUGGAACAUGGGGACAGCCGGCGUGGAGAAACCCGGCGCCCAGAAAAACAGCCCGCUGAGCAUCAACGACAAAUCCAAGAAGAAGAAGAAGGUCCUCGCAAGGGGGGACAGUGGAGAUGCCACCGAUGACGAGAUGGUUUCCAGGAAGACGCGGAGCUGUAAAGAGGCGCUGUAUCGAAACGGUCCAGAGUCUGAGAGCGUUGAUCAAGAAGAUCCAGAUGACAGUUUCCCUGGACCGUUCUCCCUCUCAUCCAGUAAGAGCCCUGGACUGCUAGCCUCCUCUUCCUCUUCAUCCUCGUCCUCCAGCAUGACAGGAUCCAACCACUCCCGGCCUCAGUCCUCCCCGGUUCUCUCAGGAACCUCCAAGUCACAGCCCGGAGCUUGGAGCAGCAGAUCGUGGCACGGUCGAGGUAAAGGCUGCUUUAAGAGCUUCCAGAACCUCAUGAUCUCUGACAGCACCAUGAGCUUCAUCGAAUUUGUGGAACUCUUCAAGUCGUUCAGUAUUCGGAGCAGGAAGGACCUGAAAGAGCUGUUUGACACCUUUGCAGUUCCCUGCAGUCGCUCGUGUCCAGAGUCGCCCCCACUUUACACCAAACUCAGGAUAGAUGACAGUGACACGGGUCUACAGUCGGACCUCGACCUUUUAACACGAAACGGUUCUGAUCUGGGACUGUUCAUCCGCACGCGGCAGCACAUGUCUGAUAACCAGAAGCAGAUCUCGGAUGCCAUCGCAGCAGCCAGCAUCGUAACCAACGGCACAGGGGUGGAGAACGCGUCAUUAGGGGUCCUGGGAUUGGCGAUCCCUCAACUCAACGACUUUCUCGUGAACUGUCAGCGAGAGCACCUCAGUUACGAUGAGAUUCUCAGCAUCAUACAGAAAUUUGAACCUUCUCCCGCUAUGAGGCAGAUGGGUUGGAUGUCAUUUGAAGGUUUUGCAAGGUUCCUGAUGGACAAAGACAACUGUGCUUCUCGAAAUGAAGAAUCCCAGAUGAAUCCAGAGGAGCUCCAGUAUCCACUGUCUUACUACUACAUUGAAUCUUCUCACAACACUUAUCUGACUGGACAUCAACUCAAAGGAGAGUCUUCUGUUGAGCUUUAUAGUCACGUGCUGCUUCAAGGCUGUAGGAGUGUGGAGUUGGACUGCUGGGAUGGAGAUGACGGCAUGCCAGUCAUUUACCACGGACACACACUAACCACUAAGAUUCCCUUCAAGGAUGUGGUGGAGGCGGUCAACCGUUCUGCUUUCGUCAACUCCGACAUGCCGGUCAUCUUGUCCAUCGAGAACCACUGCUCUCUUCCACAACAACGAAAGAUGGCUGAAAUCUUUAAGAAUGUGUUCGGGGAGCGACUUGUGACGCGCUUCCUUUUCGAGAGCGACUUCAGCGAUGAUCCUCACCUGCCGUCCCCGCUGCAGCUGCGCGGAAAAAUCCUGCUCAAGAACAAAAAGCUCAAGGCUCAUCAAGCACCGGUGGACAUCCUCAAGCAGAAGGCUCACCAGCUGGCUCACAUGCAGGCGCAGGCCAGCAACGGAUCACCGGGAGUUUCUUCUCCCAACACCCACAAUAAUGAGGACGAGGAGGAGGAGGAAGAUGAAUAUGACUAUGACUACGAGUCUCUAUCAGAUGCCGAUGUCCUCACAGCUUCUACUGUCGCAUACGGCCUUGAAGAUAACAUCCUGGAUGACAAACUAGAUGCGAAGAACUCUGUGGACAAAGAGGAGCUUCCCGCUGACGACAUCCCGAAGAGGAUGAAGAAACCCGACAGCGCCGUGCAAAGCAAAGGGAAGGUGUUCGACAUGGAGCUCGGUCAGGAGUUUUACCUUCCACAGAACAAGAAGGAGAGCAGACAGAUCGCCCAGGAGCUUUCUGACCUGGUGAUCUACUGUCAAGCUGUGAAGUUUCCUGGCCUGUCCACCCUGUCUCCGGCCGGCUCCGGCAGAGCGAAGGACCGAGGAAAGAGCAGGAAGUCCAUAUUUAGUGCCGCUCCUUCCCGCAGCAGCGCAGCCGGAGAGGUCACGACCCAGAGCCGCACUCCCGGGAAAGGUGCCUCUGAGCGGCUCAGCUGGGAGGAGCAGCAGACGUCUCCGGUCCUCAACCCCCCCACGUCGCUCAGCGCCAUCAUCCGGACCCCCAAGUGCUACCACAUAUCGUCCGUCAACGAGAACGCUGCCAAGCGCCUGUGCCGGCGCUACUCCCAGAAGCUCAUCCAGCACACCGUCUGCCAGCUGCUCCGAACGUACCCGGCCGCCACCCGGAUCGACUCCACCAACCCCAACCCUCUGCAGUUCUGGCUGCACGGAAUCCAGCUGGUGGCGCUGAACUAUCAGACUGACGACCUGUCCAUGCAGCUGAACACAGCUCUGUUCGAGCUCAACGGCGGCUGUGGAUACGUCCUGAAGCCGGCCGUGCUUUGGGACCGGACCUGUCCGCUCUACCAGCAGUUCUGUCCGAUGGAAAGAGACACGGAGAACAUGAGUCCGGCCAACUACUCCAUCACCGUUGUUUCCGGUCAGAACGUGUGUCCGGGCAACAGCUCGGGCAGCCCCUGCAUCGAGGUGGACGUUCUGGGCAUGCCCGUCGACAGCCACCACUUCCGCACCAAACCCAUCCACCGCAACACGCUCAACCCCAUGUGGAGCGAGCAGUUCCACUUCGCCGUGCAUUUCGAGGAGCUGUGCUUCCUGCGGUUCGCCGUGGUGGAGAACAACAGCUCCCAGACCACGGCUCAGAGGACUCUGCCGCUGACCGCCCUCAAACCAGGUUACAGACACGUUCAGCUGAGAACGCAACACAACGAGCCUCUAGAAGUGUCCAGCCUUUUCAUCUACAGCCGCAGAACCGAGGAAGGCCCCAUAGGGGGCGCCACUCCCUCAUCUUUGCUCUUCAGCUCUGAGGAGAAACAUUUGUCUCAGCAGCACAAGGUCAGCGUUCAUGGAGCUCCGGGUCCGGAGCCUUUCACGGUUUUCUGCGUCACAGAGCAGACUACAGCUAAACAGCUGCUAGACAUGGUUGUGGCAUCAGCAGGAAACCCAUCAGCGCACGUCCUGUGUGAGGAGAAGGUUCCUCUGCUGAAGGAGCGCAGCGAGGUGAAGCGCUGCGCUCAGUAUCGAUUCUUGGCGCCCGAGGAGGAGGUGGUCCGGCUGGUCAGCCGCUGGGACAUGGAGGAGGGCUACGUGGGGAGGAUCUGCCUCAAAACUAAAGAUGAGAGCUUGACUGAGAAAAAUGCGGAGCUGGAGACAGAGGAGGAGACAACGUUAGCAUCAAAGGACGGAGGAGGAGGAGAGGAGGAUAUGUUCUUGGUCCAAGUCCAUGAAGUUUCACCAGAGCAACCUCACACUGUGAUCAAAGCCCCACGGUACAGCACAGCUCAGGACAUCAUCCAGCAGACGUUAUCGAAGGCAAAGUAUUCGCUGUCCAACCCAAAUCCCAGCGAGUACGUCUUGGUGGAGGAAGUGACCAAGGACUCCGCCUCAAAGAAGGCGUCGGCCACCAAGCCCCUCCAGCGGGUCCUGCUGGACCACGAGUGCGUCUUCCAGGCUCAGAGCCGCUGGCGGGGCGCGGGGAAGUUCAUUCUGAAACUCAAGGAUCAGGUGGUGCGGGAAGACAAAAAGAAAGUAAUUUCCUUCGCCAGCGAGCUGAAGAAGCUGACCAGCCGCAGCCGCAGCAUGGCGACGGGCGUCAGCGCGGACGGCGCCGGCCAGAGUUGUCUGUCUGCAGCCGUGGAUCUGAAGGCUUGGGUGACCGAGGGUAAGAUGGGGAUCGAAAGGUUCCUGAAGGUCUCCUCCUCUUCCUCCUACUUCAGAGAGCGACCCCAGUGGGACCAGCUCAGCUCCUCCUCCUCCUCCUCUCUGACCCCCCUCGGCUGGAAGCUCCACCUCCUCAGGAACUGGAAGAUCCACAAAUGACGCGGCAGAGCAGGAACUUGCACUGAUCAAACUCUACCGCUGGAGGCUCAGAGAAAAUGUGGAAUUCUGGGAAAUGGAGUCUCCAGAGGAUGACGUCACUUUGCGCCAUAAAUCCGCCGCUCCUUUCAGAUGAAGGUGUAAAUGUUGUGUUUCCGGAGGGUCUAAAGAAUCAGGGCAGCUGUUUUUAUUCUUAUUAUCAGGGAUGUUAAAAAGCACUACAGUUUCUCGUAUUUCCCUGAGCUGCUUCUGAAGGAGAGUUAGCAUUAGCUUAGCAUUUGACCAGCUUUAGCUUCAGUCAUUUCAGUGAUUAGCUAAUGUUGUAGAAACAACUUUAUUUCUUUGUUAAAUCUGCUUUUUAAAGGCAGAUAUAAAAUGUUUUAAAUGGCGAUGAGGGUUGAUGGGAGACCAGAAAACGCUGAGUCAUGCGUCCCAUGAAGGGGGCAGACAAGCUGGCUUGUUUGGUUCUUUUUCUUUUCACUGGUCCAGUUCGCAGUACUGUAAGCGUGAAGGGACGCUCUCACAGAGCGCCGACCUCGGAGAAAGGACGGAAAGGUUUCAGUUUCUGGGACUCUUGAAGGAGGUUGAUCUUCGGCAGCGCAGACGUGCAAUAUUUAUGGAAAGAAAAGCGUCUACAGAUGUUUGACGGGAAAGUUGGCAAAUGCUGCGAUGCUGCCUCAAACUUUUGGUUGUUUUAUCUUAAAGGAUCGUCUGAUUGUUUCCUCUAAAGUUCCUCAAAGCUGGUAGAGAAUUUGGUCAAAAGGUUUUGAUUAUUCUGAUUCGCAAAAAAAAAAAAAAAAAGUGCUAACAAAAAAAACAGAUUUUUCCCAUAGAUUUGAAGGCAGCAGGGAUAGAUUCUGCUUUGACGUCUUUGGAGGAAAACAGUCACAUUUUCUCCUAAAAGUACGACGGAGUAUUAGAACCACGGAAUAAAGAAAACAUGUAAUAAUACCAGAAUAUAGUUUUAGAUUUAUAAGAAUUUUUACAAGAUUAGGACAACAACAAAAAAGUAAUAUUACAAGAUUAAAGUCAUAGAUUUAUAAGGAAAACUCGUAAAUUUAUGACUUUUUUCCUGUAACGACAUUUAAAGCCAUAAAUUUACAUCUUUAAAGCACGUAAACUUACAAAUAAAGCCAUAAAUUUAACCUAUGAGUUUUAAAGUUGUCAACAUCCAACUUUAUUUACGUAAUUUAAAACUUUUUUCUACUAAAUUUACGAGAUUAGGACCACAAAAAAUGAUUUAAAAAAAAAAAAACAACAUAUAUUAUAAGUUUACAUUUAUGAGAAAAAAGUAAAAAAAAAAGUGAAAUUUUGCAACCAAUAAAAGCGUAUGUUAUGAAACUUAAGUGAUAAAUUUACGAGAAAAAAGUUGUACAUUUAUGAGAUUAGGACCACAAAAAAGAUAUAUUACAAAAUGAAAUGUAUAAAUGUAAAAGAAAAAGUCAUAUUUAUAAGAUUAGAACCACAAAACAAGAAAAAACAAAAAGUUUAUUUGAGAUUAAAGUCAAAGAUUUAUGAGCAAAAACUCGUAAAUUUACAAAAAGACCACUAAAGGACCACAAAAAAAGAUAAUUAAAUCUUAUACUACAAGAUUAAAGUUAUAGAAUUAUUAGAAAAAAGCUGUAAAUUUACGAGAUUAGGACCCCGAAAAAAAAGAACGAAUAUUUGACGUUAAAGUAGUCGAGAUACCAGAUAAAAGUAGUACAUUUACGAGAUUAGGACCACUAAAAACAGAAAUAAAGAUUAUAUGAUGAGAUUAAAAUUAUAGAUUUACAAGAAAAAGGUCAUAAAUUAUUGAAAUUACGAUCAAAAGAAAAGGAACAUAAACUACGACAUUAAAGUCAAAUUUACGAGAAAAUAGUCAUAAAUGUAUGUAUUUUUCCUCCAUAAAUUUACAUUUUAAAUUCGUACAAUUAUGAGAAAAAGUUAUAAAUUUAGAGUCAUAAAUAUGCAGCUUUAUUCUUGUAAUUUAAAUGUUAAUUGACUUUUUGUUAUUUUACAAUAUUGCAUGUAAAAAGUUGUAAGUUUAUGACAUUUAGAGUAAGCACUUAAACUCAUUUUAAAAGUAAAAAAUAUUCUUUUAUAACUUUUUUCUCAUAAAUGUUUAAUUUUAAAGUUGUAAUCUAAAACCUUUAAACUGGUCCUAAUACUCUGUCGUUCAAAAGCAUUUUUGCACAUUUUAUUUUUCCACAUUUUCUUUCUUACAUCCUCUGUGGUUUUAUUUCUUUAAUUUCAGCCUUAUUUCUUCAGAACUGAAGAAAUAAACCUGUUAGUGUUUCCUUGUGCGCUGUUAAAGAAAAAAAAAAAAAGAAAACUGACAUAAAUCUACAGAAUAAGCAUUUCACUUUAAUUUAUUGGCCCAGUAUUUACUGUGCUGUUCUUUAAUGAAUGUGGUUUUAUUUCUUUACGUUGUAUUUUACUUUCUUGCUUUAGUGGUUUUGUGUUUUUUAUUUUAGUCUUCCCUGUGAAUCCAGCUGACCCAACAGCAGCUAAACACUAUUUGAAGGAGAAUAUUUGCGUUUAUUUUGAUGGAGAUCAUUUAGCAGAAGAGUGUCAUGGAUCCACAUUCCCAAAAAAAUGUUCCAGUUAAAACGGCUAAAUGAAUUUUGGCGGGAUAUCGAAGCGACCCUUGAACUUCGGCGUCUCUCCGCAGCCUGACAGCUGCCGUCGGCUCGCCUUCCCGUCCCUGAACCGUCGUCUCCGUUCGGACUUUCCCUCAGCAGGUGGGCCGGCGAUGGGAUCCCCGAGGCUUAUGCUAAUGAAGCUCAAUGAGACACUGAUCCCAGAAACCACAACUUUAUGUCGGCGAUAAUGAAGCUGUAAUCCUUUUAUCCUGUCAGCCUUCUGGCAUUAUUAUGGAUUAGAAUCGAAGAACAGGGAAGAAGAAAAAAGGCCAUUUCGUCCAGGAGAUACGGAGUCCUUACCUUGGCUGGUGGAUUCGGCCUCUAAUAAGUGUGAAAGCGGCGCAGCAGGAAGGGACUGUCGGUGGUAAACUGUAAAUCUGCGGGCCAUCUGCUUCAUCACGCUUUUCCUCCUCUCCAGACCUCCUUCUGAAUGUUUCUUACAGCCUAGAAGACUAUUUAUUUGAAUGUGAAGCCCUGGUUGGCAUUUUUCUGUAAAGUUCCUGUAACUCAUUUAGAUAUUUCAAUGUGUAUCAACACUCAUAGUAGUACUUGUGGUGUCUGCGUUUUUAUUUGUCAUGUAAAUCAAAGUGAUUUUUUUUUUUUUACAUUUAGUGGAAUUAUUCUAUUGUAUCUACUGAGUUUGUAUUCCUUCAUUUGUGUCUCUUGAGUGAACUUCUGUUAUUUACUUGAAUUUUAAACAUGGAUGAGAACUGGUGGAUUUGUUGUAAAGCAGGAUCCCAAUAAACAAAAAUAAAAACCCAACAGGCUGUUUGCUAACAUGUAAA